AUGGAUAGAGAAGAUUUAAUGGAGACGAUGAUGGUGGAAACCAUAAAACCUUCCUCCGCAACUCCACAGUCUCUCCGUACACUCCACCUUUCUAUGCUUGAUUACGGUAUGCAUCCAAGUUAUACCUUGGCAUGUUUUUUCUACAAAAGGGAUGAUCCUUCAAUCCCGCGAGAUCAAACCACCUUGAAACUCAAGACUUCGCUCUCCGAAACCUUAACCAAAUUCUACCCUUUCGCGGGCAGAAUUAAAGGCGUCACCAUCGAAUGUAACGACGAAGGAGCAAUACUCGUGGAAGCUAGUCUCAACAAAUGUACUCUUUCUGAUUUUCUCAAAUCCCCAGAUGCCAAAACCAUUCAAAAAUACUUGCUCCCUCUAGACUUGAUCGACAACCUAAGCCAAGCGGCUGUUACCUGGCCUCUUCUGCUCGUGAAGGCGACUUAUCUCCAAUGUGGAGGCAUGACCAUCGGAAUCUGCAUGUCCCAUAAACUCGCCGACGCAGCCUCCUUAUCGACUUUUGUACGGGCUUGGGCUGCGACGGCACGAGGAGAGAGCCAUGCAGUAGUCGAACCGGAGUUCGCGGGGGUAAAGUUAUAUCCACCAGCCAAUCUUGCGUUCAAAUUUCCUGAGAUAGAAACCGGUAAGAGAUUAAGUGUGACCAAGAGAUUUUUGUUCAGCAGAUUAAAUAUAGAAGAGCUCAGGAAUAAAGCCACUAUUCGUCAACAGAUCCUACCUCGACCUACACGGGUCGAGUGCGUCACAGCUCUUCUGUGGAGAUGCGUCAUCGCUUCAUCGUCGAAGACAACAUGUACAAAAAUGCUGGGGCAACCUGCUAACUUACGCAAUAAGAUACCUUCCCUCCUGUCCCAAAACCUAAUUGGAAACAUCAUCUACUCUACCAUGACAUUCAACCUGAAAAACGAGAUCGAUAUUCAAGAAACGGUAAAGGAGUUACGAGAAAGGGCGGAGGAGUUGACCAGUCUAAUCCAAGAAGGUUGUGCUGAUCAGUCCACAACGGCUCUGGGUUCGAAAUUGGUAGAUAAAAUGGUUGCUGAUUACUCUAAGUUAAGCGAUGACCCUGACGGCCACAAACUGUACGAAGUAAGUAGCUGGUGUAAGCUACCGUUUUACGAGACUGAUUUUGGAACGGGACCUCCGGUUUGGGUCUUUGGAAGUGUGGCUCCCAUCGCUGAAUUCGUGACGUUUCUGUUAGAUUCGAACGAUCUUCAAGGGAUCGAAGCUUGGGUGACACUUGCCGAAGAAGACAUGGCCUUGUUCGAACAGAACCCAGAACUCCUUGCUUUUGCCUCCCCCAGCUCUCCUGUCUUUUUCUAA